UCAUUACAUUGAGAAAGUAUUGAAGAAGUUCAAUUAUGGAAAUUGUACUUCUGUAAGUACUCCCAUAGAUCCUAAUGUAAAACUCUUGCCUAAUAAAGGCAAGGCAGUUUCCCAAUUGGAAUACUCUAAAGCAAUUGGAUGCCUGAUGUAUGCUAUGAUCAGCACUAGGCCUGAUAUAGCAUUUGCUGUUGGAAGGUUGAGCAGGUUUACUCCUAAUCCAAGCAUACAUCAUUGGCAGGCAGUGAGGAGGCUAUUCAAGUACCUCAAGGGAAUCAUGAACUAUGGUUUGUGUUAUUCUGAUUUUCCUUCAAUUUUGGAAGGAUAUUCGGAUGCAAGUUGGAUAACCAAUCUAGAGGAUCAUUCCUCUACUAGUGGUUGGAUUUACUUGCUGGGAGGUGGAGCCAUCUCAUGGGCUUCAAAGAAACAGACUUGUAUCACAAAUUCUACAAUGGAAUCAGAAUUUGUGGCACUUGCUGCAGCUGGAAAAGAGGCAGAAUGGCUUAGGAAUUUGAUAUAUGAAAUUCCUUUAUGGCCUAAGCCUAUAUCACCUAUCUCAAUGAGAUGUGACAGUGCUGCAACUUUGGCUAAAGUGUAUAGCCAAGUUUACAAUGGGAAGUCUAGACAUUUAGGUGUCAGACAUAGCAUGGUUAGGGAGUUGAUCACUCAUGGGGUCAUUUCAGUUGAAUUUGUUGGGACACAACAAAAUCUGGCAGACCAUCUAACCAAAGGCUUGGCAAAAGAUUUAGUUAUCAAAUCUGCUAAAAGGGUGGGGCUUAAGUCCAUCUAAUCUUAUCUGUUUAGGAUACCCAAUUCUCUUCUAACUUGAUGUUAGAUGUAGAAUUCAAUGUGGAAAGCCUAAACAUGUGAGAUUGACACAUGUUCAAACCAUCCGAGGACAAGAUGAAAA